CAACAUUACCUACAAACAUCAUAACUACCUAUUCUCCCAAGUUGUCGGCAACAUGAAAACCCUCGCAAUACUCUUAUUCGCAUUUUCCCUCUAUCUCCUUCCCAACCCAACUCACUCUGCGUUCAAUCCAAUCCGCCUUCCCAUCCGCCUUCCCACGGCCGACGCAGCAGUAGCCUCCGACAACACUCCGGUGGUGGACACCGACGGAAACGAGCUCCGGGCCGGCGAAACUUACUACAUAACCUCCAUCGAAACGCCGCACUCCGCCUCCGCAGGAGUGCAACUUGCCUGGUUAAACUCUACAGCACAAUGCGCGAGCAACGUGGUCGUGCCGCGGUGCUUUUCGUUCGGCGACCCCAUUAGGGUCAGGCCGACUGACCCCAACGCCGCCGUCGUCUUGCCGUCGAAGUUCCUGAGCUUCGAAUUCUCCGUUUCGACGCCCCGGGUUUGCGCGAGUAGUGUCUAUUGGGGGAUCCAGUACGACAGGCCAUCCCAACAAUUCUUCUUGAACUCCGGCGAGUUUGUCUCCGACCUUAGCGGCCAGUUCAAGAUUGAAGUCGUGCCGGAGCAUAACGCUUACAAAUUCACUUAUUGUCCGUUUGGCGGCCACAAAUGCUACAACGUUGGCUUAUACGCCGAGGUGUGGAACCCGUUGGUCAGUUUGGCUCUCACUGCAAAUUCUUCUUUCUCUGUUGUGUUCCAGAAAGCCCAAAGGAGAUUCUGUACUUCCUGGUAGUAAGCCGAGGUGUGAGUACCAUGUUUGUUAGUUAAUUAUGCUAAAUA